AACAUCUGGAGAUUCUCUUUAUGUUACACUGAGCUUAGGAAAGACAGCAGAAACUGAAGAAAUUAAAAGAACUUAUAGAAAACUUGCAUUGAAAUACCAUCCAGACAAAAAUACUGGUAAUCCAGAAGCUGAAGAAAAGUUCAAAGAAAUUAAUAAAGCAUACAGAAUUUUGACGGAUCCAAGCAAACGUAACAUAUAUGACAACUAUGGUUCCCUAGGCUUGUAUAUUGCUGAGCAAUUUGGCGAGGAAAAUGUCAAUACUUACUUCUUUGUCACCUCAAAAUGGUGCAAGGCUUUGAUAAUUGGAUCUUGUUUAAUAACUGGUUGCUGCUGUUGCUUCUGUUGUUGCUGUUGUUGCAAUUUCUGUUUUGGCAAGUACAAGCCAAAUGUACCUGAAGAUCAACAAGCAAAUUAUACAAAUUUACAUAAUGAUGGAGCCGAUCCCAAUGAUGCUAUUCGUAAAAAGGAGGAUAGCGAAGAUGAUGUUGUAGUGAACCAACCAUCUUCUACAAAUAAUACUACUGGAGGCACAGCACAGAAUACUAAUGUAUUUGCAAUGCCACCACCGAAUUCAGCUAAUGAAACAACUGCACUGAAUCCAGAUGGUACUCCGACAAAAUAUUCUGCAAGCAAAUAAAUAAAAAUUAUUAAAAAGCUAUUAAAGCCCCAGACACAAUCCUCAUUUAUUCUUAGAACUACCACUAUCAAUUAUUUUCUUUUAGUGGAGUUUCAUUAUUGAGACUCACAUAAAUAACAUUUUUCAUACUCAAUAGCCACAUUUUAAAAACUUGUCAAAUUAAUCAUAAUAUUUGUCACUGUGUGGUUGAAUUUUUCUUGUGUGUUUCCUCCUAUUAUUGCUUUUACGUGUAUUAUUGGGUAGUUUAAUUAAACUUAUUUUAUAUUUACUAUCAAAAUAUCUAGUAGGUAAGUGCCAGUUUUCUAAAAGAAUCCAAUAAACUAUUUAUAAAUCAUUUAAUUGAUAUAUGCUGUUAUUUGUU